AUGCCUCCUCGUGCUAACCCUACUGGAAGUGCUCGCGGUACCGGACCCACUCGCGGUGGAAGGGGUGGCGCUCGCGGUGGACGCGGCGUAGGCCCAGUUAUCACCCCUGCUCGCGCUCCCGCUGGCAGGCCUGGUCUUCCGGAUGCCUCUGCUCACAUUACGACGGUCGGCGUCAAACGAACUGCUUUCGGAAGCAGCGGACGGGCCAUCCAGGUCUCCACCAACCACUUCGAGGUCAAGAUCCCUGAGGGGAGCAUCUACCACUACGAUGUCAUCUCUCCGUCUGAGAAGACACUUCCCGCGCGCCUGAACAUGGAAAUCAUCGAAAAGAUGCAGACGGCAAUCUCUCCGCAGACAUUCACCCCUCGCGCGGUGUACGACGGCAGGAAGAACAUGUUUGCAGCUCGCCAGCUUCCCUUCGGUGCCUCCGGAGAGUUCGACGUUACCCUCGGUGACCCGCCUUCCCCUGGCGACGCCGCCCCAGCGCGUCCCCCGAAGGUGUACAAGGUCAAGCUCACUCAUGUGGCAACUAUCAAUCCUGAGGUUCUCGCACGUUUCUUGCAGGGCAAACAGUCCCACGACAACACGGUUUUGACCGCUAUCACGGCGCUCAACGUCGUCAUCCGCAUGGAGCCCUCGCUGAAAUACCCUUUCAACGUCCGCUCCUUCUUCACUGAUCGCGAGAAGAAGGACAUUGGAAGCGGUAUCGUUCUCUGGCGGGGCUACUUCCAGUCUGUGCGGCCCGCCAUCGGCCGGAUGCUCAUCAACGUAGAUAUCAGCACCGGAGCUAUGUACAAGCCCGGCCCUCUCCUCAACGUGGCGAUGGAGUUCAUGGGCAUGCCGCAUCCCUCGCAUCUCGACCCUCGGAAUCUGCGCGACAGGAUCAGGCUCCAACGCUUCCUCUCUGGAGUACGGAUCGUCGUCGAGAUCCCCGGGCAGCGCCAGACUGGUCGACGCCCUCCUCGUGUCGUCAAGAGGAUCUCCGCAAACAGUGCCGACGAGAUGACGUUCGUGAACAGGGAAGGACAGACGUUGAGCGUUGCGGACUACUUUAAACGCGCUCACAACUACCAGCUCCGCUUCCCGAAGCUCCCCUGCAUCGAGGUGGGGUCCGGCGCUCUCAUCCCAAUGGAGGUUUGCCACAUCUUUGAGGGCCAAAUCAUGCGCAAGCAGGUGCCCCCCGAGAAGACGAAAGACGUGCUGGACUUUGCGACCAAGAAGCCUCACGACCGCCUCGCCAGCAUCAAGGCCGGACUUGGGGUCUUGGCGUACGGGCAGUCGGAAUAUGUUAGGCAAUUCGGCCUCGUAAUGGCGCCCAACGCGGCCCCCCUUUCGCUCCAGGCGCGUGUUCUGGAGGCUCCCGUCCUGCAGUACGGCCCGGGGAGCAGGCAGCCGACCAUUAGGCCGCGCGAUGGCCAAUGGAACAUGGUCGACAAGAAGUUCUGGAAGCCCAGCUCGAUCAAGCGCUGGUGUAUCGUCGUGUUCGAGCGCAAGGAGCGCUUCAGGCAGGACGUCGCCGAGCAGAUGGUUAAGGGCCUUCUAGAGUCUUUUGAAAAAGCCGGCGUUGAGGUGAAGGAGCGAGAGCCAGUCAUUCACUACGGACUCGCGUCGAGGCCUCCUGCGCAGACCCUCCGGGAGGCUGGAAACAUGUGUUACCAGAAGAAUGGCGGCGGCGGCCCGGACCUCAUCGUCGCAGUCCUUCCGGAAGCCUCCGCGGACUUGUACAUGCGCAUCAAGCACUUCGGCGACAUCACCCAGGGUGUGGCGACGCAGUGCCUGAGGAGCAACAAGUGCACGUACGCGAAGGCGCAGUACUAUGCCAACGUCUGCUUGAAGAUCAACGUCAAGCUGGGCGGCAUCAACACCGUCCCCGACGCGCGCUCCGUCCCCGUCCUCACCGAUCCGCACAACCCGACCAUCGUCAUGGGCGCCGAUGUCAUCCACCCCGCCCCCGGUGCGGAUGGCCGCCCGUCCUUCACGUCGCUCGUUGGCAACGUCGACUCCGACACCGCCAAGUACAUCGCCGACUGCCGCGUGCAGACCUCUCGCCAGGAGAUGAUCGACGACCUGCAGGAGAUGGCCCACGGCAUCAUCAAGAUGCACACAGGCUACCGCAACACAAUUGAGAAGAAGGCCGGCAGCGUGCGCCGUAUCAUCUUCUUCCGCGACGGUGUCUCCGAAGGCCAGUUCAAACAUGUGCUGGAAUACGAGCUGCCGCAGCUGCGCGCCGCGUGCGUGCAGGCGAACGUGCAGGCGAAGAUCACCGUCGUCGUGGUCGGCAAGCGCCACCACGUCCGGUUCUUCCCGCAGAACUCGACCGACGCGGACAGGAGCGGGAACUGCCCCGCGGGCACCGUUGUCGACCGGGACAUCGUGCACCCGACCGAGUUCGACUUCUACUUGCAGUCGCACAGUGGGCUGCUGGGGACGUCGCGCCCCGCGCACUACAGCGUCCUGUACGACGAGAACGGCUUCACGCCGGACAGCUUGCAGGCGCUCUCGUUCGCGCUCUGCCACGUCUACGCCCGCUCGACGCGCUCGGUCUCGAUCCCCGCGCCCGUGUACUACGCGGACAUCGUGUGCGCCCGCGCGAAGAACCACUACGACCCCGACGGCCACAUGGACUUCGAGGGCUCUGGCGGCAGCCUCAGCGAGGACCAGAAGGCCAAGGAGCUCGAGGUAUUCAAGGCGGGCUUCAAGACGCUGCACGCUGGCAUGCGCAGGGUCAUGUACUUCUCUUAGGCGCAGCGCCGUCGACGUCGUAGGGGCAGGUACCGGCCUCGGAUGCGGAUCACGGAAGGACUGUUUCAUGGACACGGUAAUCGUCGGAAUGCUGUCAUCCCGUCUGUAGUAUCCCCUCGCACUCCUCGCACUUUCGCACUUGCUUUUGUAUCCUCCGCCCCACGCUCACCGUUGUUUGUUCUCACCACGCUACCAAGUCUCUCGUUCCCAACAUCACCAUCCCAUCCCACUCCUUGUAUGUGAAAUGUACCCUUAGGAUCUAUGUCUCUCUUCUAUGCUGUAC